AUGCCGCCGAAUUACGAGCGAGGCGCUACGCUCAAGCGUGGCCGCACAAUGAUCCGGCAGGACCGCCAGCAGGCGGCCGCUCCCAUGAUCACCAAGAAGAAGCAGCCCACGACCGCCUGGGUUAUCUACUCGAAAGUCAUCACAUUCUGGGCUCCUGGCAUCCUUCUGACCAAGCUUGGCGGUAUGCCUGAGGCCGGCAUGCAGCAGGCGUGGCGCGAAAAGUGCGCCCUGGUGUCUCUCAUUGUGCUGGUGUGUGGGGCUGUCGUCUACCUGACGCUGUUCCUGCCGAUGACCUUCUGCCCGGAGAGCACGUCCAAGCACCAGAGCAACAUCCUGCAGGUAUCGAGGAAAGGCUAUGACGGCAACGUCGGUGUAUACGGCGAAGUCUACUCGGCCUCCUCUGCGCAGUGGCCCAACCCCAUUGAACUCUACACCGGGAUCGAUAUCAGCUACAUGUUCCGGAAGGACACCCCUCCCGAGUGCGAAGACGCGAGCAUCACGGGUCUGCGUGCCAUCAACACCAACACGUGUACAGAAGAGACCCAAUGUACCAUGGGCGACCUGAAUAAUAUCGAGGCUAACUUCCACGUAACCAAGGAGAACCGGCCCGUCGGUUACGAUUGGGCCGACGUUACAAGCACAACCGGUCUCUUUGUCAUCAACGGCAUUGUCGUGAACCUGACACCGUACCUCAACUUGGUCAAAGACAACGGAGCCAAAUACGAUAUUCUCGACCAGGCCAUUUUCAACGCCGCUAACAACGGCUACAGCGACGCGACAGUCAUGUUCCAGCGCACGGAUCAGAUGAAGAAGGCAGCUAAAUGCAUCAGCAAGAAGUUUGCGGCUGGCGUGCUGGCCAAGGAUACCCCCGGAUGCUUCUCGGUCAACCUGUUCAACUACGCCGCGCUUGUGGUUAUUGGCGGAAUUGUGCUCACGCGCUUCUUCAUGGCAGUCGUGUUCCAGUACUUUUUGUCGUGGCAGCUGGUGCGCCGCCCGCCCCGCAGCAAGGUGCGCCCUGUCUCGUACAACGCUGCAGCGCCGUGGUCCGGCAAGAAGCCCCAGACCGGCGGUACCAAGACUGUGCUGCCGCAGGGCGAUAUGGACGAGCUGUACACUAUCAUGCUGGUGACGUGCUACUCUGAAGGCGACGAGGGAAUCCGGGCCACCUGCGACUCGCUGUGCGGCACCGACUUUAGCGACUCGCGCAAGCUGCUGUUCCUGGUGGCCGACGGAAACAUCAAGGGCUCUGGAAACGACCGUUCGACUCCCGACAUCUGCGUUGACCUGAUUGAGCAGGAUCCGCAGUUCCUGGACCCGCAGCCGUGCUCGUACAUCGCCGUGGCCGCCGGAUCCAAGCAGCACAACAUGGCCAAGAUCUACUGUGGACACUACGUGGUCGGCAACCACCGCACCCCGGCCAUCGUCUGCAUCAAGUGUGGCACGCCCGAGGAGCAGGAGUUCCCCAAGCCCGGCAACCGCGGUAAGCGCGACGGCCAGAUGAUCCUGAUGAACUUCUUCUCGCGCGUCAUCUACAACGACCGUAUGACGCCGAUGGACUACGACAUUUUCCGCAAGGUCCACCAUCUGAUGGGCGUGACUCCCGACACGUUCGAGAUCAUCCUCAUGGUGGAUGCCGAUACCAAGGUGUACCCGGAUUCGCUGCGUCUGCUGGUGAACUGCAUGAACAACGACCAGCUCAUCAUGGGCCUGUGCGGCGAGACCAAGAUUGCCAACAAGCGCGACUCGUGGGUCACUGCGAUCCAGGUGUUUGAGUACUACAUUUCGCACCACUUGGCCAAGGCAUUCGAGUCUGUGUUUGGUGGUGUAACCUGUCUGCCUGGCUGCUUCUGCAUGUACCGCCUCAAGGCGCGCAAGGGCGACGACUGGGUGCCGGUUCUGACCAAGCCCGAGAUCUGCCAGGAGUACUCGCAGAACGUGGUUGAGACCCUGCACGAGAAGAACCUGCUGCUGCUUGGUGAGGACCGCUUCCUGACUACCCUGAUGCUGCGCAACUUCCCGAACCGCAAGAUGAUGUUCAUGCCGCAGGCCAUCUGCAAGACCGUGGUUCCCGAUGAGUUCAAGCUGGUGCUGGUGCGCAACCUGUGCGGCACCUUCUGCCUGUCGAUGCAGUUCUCGAUUGCGCUGGAUCUGGUCGGCACCGUCGCCCUCCCGGUGGCCAUCGUGCUCACAUACAUCCUUAUUGUGCGCGCCUGCAUGACCACGUACAACUCGAUCACCGCGUACCUGCCGCUGGCCAUGCUUAUCAUGGUCCUGUUCUUGCCUGCGGUGCUGAUCUUCAUCACGACCCGCAAGUGGAUCUACGUGGCCUGGAUGUUUGUGUAUCUGGCCGCGCUGCCCAUCUGGAACCUGGUGCUGCCUGUGUACGCGUACUGGCACUUUGACGAUUUCUCGUGGGGCGAGACGCGAAAGGUCGCUGGCGAAGGCAAGGACAAGGGCCACGGCGACUCGGACGGCAAGUUUGAUGCCUCGGCAGUCCCGAUGAAGCGCUGGGAGGACUACGAGCGCAAGCGCCUGCGGUCGAUCAAGCGCAAGGAGCGCAAGCAGUACGCCGACGACUCGUCGUCGUACCUGCCGGCUAACGUCGACGACAGCGACAAUGCCGGCCUGCUGCAGAAUGCGGUCGACGAGUCGAUGUACUACGAGUCCAACCCGGGCUACUCGUUCAUGGAUGACUCAACCAAUACCUCGGUUAUCCACAGCAGUGGCACCAUUCAGCAUGGCCAGCAGCAGCAGUACGAGAUGCACGAGUACCCUCAACAGGGAGGGUAUGGCAACGAGGCGGAUUACUAUGGUCAGCAGCAGGGCGGCUAUGACCAGUACGGCUAUGGCCAGCAGGGCGGUUACGACCAGUACGGCUAUGACCAGCAGCAACAGCCGCCUAGCCAGCAGCAGCAGCAGCGCCAGCGCCCUGGAGGCCCGCGCGACUACCAGCAUUAA